AGACAAAAUGAUGACGACUCCUACGCAUUGGAUGAGUGGCCUGCGCACUUGUGGCGCAAUUGUUUGCCGAAAAACUACAAACAUAUCGCUAAAAAUAUAUCAGCCGAAUGGCUAAAAUUAAGGUUUCAGUAUUUGGCAUUGACAAAUGAUGUGAUACAUCUGUUGGAAACACUCCGGGAGGAUUAUCUUCUGGGUCUGAUCACGAACGGGCCCUCGCGUGCCCAGUGGCAGAAGAUCGACCGGCUGGGCUUGCGCAAGUACUUCGACUGCCUGUUGGUGUCUGGCGACCUGCCGUGGGAGAAGCCCGACCAGGAGAUCUUCCUGGAAGCCUGUAAGCUGCUCAACGUGGAGCCCCGGUCUUGCAUCAUGGUGGGCGACAAGCUGGAAACUGAUAUAAAGGGUGGAAAAGAAGCUGAACUGGCGGGAACAGUAUGGAUCCCGUUACAAAAAGACGAAGAGUCGUCAGAUCUACCGGAUUUCACUAUCGAUAAAGUGACCCUGCUGCCGGAAGUUUUGCCGCAUUCACCGCGCCUGAAACGAGCUGCCAACAGAACAAACGAGUGCUGAGAAAAAAGUAUUCCAUGAAAUAGCUUGACAAAAAUAAGGCUACCGUAAUAAUUUAUGUUGAAUUUCAUGCCUUUUUAAUGUCAACUUUCAUGACACAACAUCUGAAUAUGGAAGUAAGUAAAUGUUUACGGAUCACGUGACCUAUCUAUUUGUCUUUCGCACGUGAAAUAAAAUAUUUUUACUAACGAUCAAUUUGAAUAUUCCUGCUAAACUGCAUUUGGAAAUGCAAUAUUUGACAAACUAUAUGUUCAAAUAGUUUGGUAAUCACCAAUCUAAUGUGUGGUGCGACUAGUAGUCGAAGUAUAUGUAGUUAAAUUACCAUUUUUAGUCAGAUAAAACUCUUUAUCAGACUAAAAAUGGCAAUUCUAUAAAAUUACCUAUAUAAAGAGGUAGUAAA